ACGUUUCCCAGAAAGCGUAGGCAUUUCUACAAAUAUGGAUGCGAAAAGUGACGUCGAGAGUGAUUAUCAAGAAAGAGGUUCAGACGAAUGCGAAGUUGAAGUCCAAAAACAAUGCAGCAAUUUCUCCAUCGCCAAACUUUUGAAAGAAGAUAGCCGUACUACCAGUCCAAAAAACUCCCUGAACGAAGAUAAUCGCCAAAAGUCCCGAUAUCAUAAUUCACACCUAAAAGAUGAAAUAUUCCGUUCUUCGCAGCAACAUAAUUUUGGGGAAGACAGUUUUACUUCAGAUCGAAAACCGGAAAGAUUGUUGCUGAAAGACAACUUAAUUGGACAACUCACAAAAGCCCAAUUCAUGAAAGGAGCUUACAGCGAAGUUCCCUCGAAAUUGCUUCAAAAUCACGGUUACGGCCUCCCUGUAUUUGGCCAUUCAAAUUUUCUUGCCCCGCAUUUACCGCAUGCGUUAUGGAACGGUGGUCUCAGUAGAAGUGGUGCUCAUACCCCGAACUUUCUACCUUUCUCAAUGCCAGCAAGCAAGGCAGUUGUUGGGCAAUUUCUCGACAAGCAGUUGAAAGGAAGUUAUAACAUUUGCAUCCCACCCGUAGCUCCCACAGACAGUAAAUACGAUUGGUCUCAAGAUAUUCGAAGAAGACUCGACCAAGACGACGACCCCAACCCUAAACAAGAAGACAAACGAAUACAUACAAAAGUUGCUCCGACCAAGAAAGCCAGAAAAGCAAGAACUGCUUUCACGGACGACCAGCUACAGGAACUAGAGAGCAGUUUUGAAUGCAAAAAGUAUCUUUCUGUUCAAGAUAGAAUUGAAUUGGCCCAAAGACUCGAUUUAUCAGACACACAAGUAAAGACGUGGUAUCAAAACAGAAGAACAAAAUGGAAGCGUCAAACUGCGGUUGGGUUGGAGCUGCUCGCUGAGACGGGAAAUUAUGCGGCCCUUGAGCAAGUGCUGCCACAAACCUUUCCUAUGUUGCAAAGACCAAUGAUCCAAAAUAUGCACCAACAUUUGGGAGCUGGUAUGGAGAACAGAGCGUUACUUCCAAUGUUGUGUCAGUUAUACGGCCUUGGAAACCAACACUUAAUACAAGUCGACGAAACGAGGAGUUCUCCAACAACAAGCGAAACCAGCAUUGGAAUGGAUUGCAAAACGACUACUUCGUCCACAGCUCUGCCAGCCAAUUAAUUCGCUCAGAGAUGGGACGAAUAUAAUGAAGAUUGAACGUGUUUAGCUGAUGUAUCUGAGAUUUCUGAUUUCUUGUUCCAAGUAUUAACAUUUACUGCGUUUUAUUUUUGUUAAUAUAUUGUUUUAUGUUUA